GCCAUUUCCAUGACUUCUACAAUUUAAAAUCAAUGCACACUGCAUACUUUUGAAGAAAACCAAAGUCAUAGGUAUAAUCUCAGAUCUAUCAAAUAUGGCAGCGGAGGCGGCGAUCUCAGCUGCAGUCGAACUGCUGGGCGAUCAGCUGAUCCAGAAAGUUAAAUCCCUACGAGGCGUAGAGGGAAAGGUGGAGUUGCUGAGAGAGGAGCUGAAGAGGAUGCAAUCCUUUCUCAAAGACGCCAACAAAAAGCAAUUUGAAGAUGAGAGGGUGCGUAAUUGGAUCUCGGAUAUCAGAGAGUUAGCUCAAGAUGCCCAAGAUACGAUCGAGAUGUUCCUUAUCAAUGUUGAAAAUUCAAGGAAUAGGAAUUUUCUUAAAAAAUACGCUAGCUUCGCCAAGCGUAUGCACCAGCUCGACAAAAUUGGAGAUGAGAUUGAGUCGAUCCGAGCUAGGCUUGAUGCCAUUGACAAAAGCCGCGAGAGGUACGGGAUCAAGGAUCUCGGAGACGCAGCCGAGUCGGCAUCGAGAUGGGAAGUUGAAUCGCGGCGGCGGUUGACUCCUUGGCAAAAGGACGAACACCUUGUGGGCGUUGAAGAUGAUGUGAAAACGCUGCUGCAAGAAUCAAUUCUGUGUGAGAAGAAAGGGCUUUGUAUUGCAUUUUUAGAGGGCAUGGGCGGGAUCGGGAAAUCAACACUCGCCCGGGAAAUAUACAACCACCCCGACGUCGUUGCUGGUCCAUUUGAUCGCCGUGGUUGGGUUGUGGUGUCGAGUGAAUUUACACCACUAGAGACGAUCAAGCAGUUUCUCUUGCAGCUGCAAAGGUCUGAAGAAGAUAAACAAAAGCUGCUUGACGAAAUCAAGAAACUGGAGGAGUCGAUCAAGGAUAAGCUGUUCCUCCAAGACGAGCUUAAACAAAUGCUUCAUAAGCAAUUGGAGGGCAAAUCAUAUUUCAUAGUUCUCGAUGAUGUUUGGGAGAAACAACAUUUAGAAUCUCUCAUCAUUGCUUUCCCAAAUCAACAAGAUAAAGCAUGUAGAUUAUUGGUAACAACUCGCAACAAGAUUAUUACAAAGUAUGAUCAAUACGUGCACAAGAUGAAGGUUUUAGACUCCAAAAAGAGCUGGGAAUUGUUGUUGAAGAAGGCAUUCAUUGGUAGCACAAUUGGCAAAUGUCCAGAAGAAUUCGAGAGUGUGGGCAUACAAAUCUUGGAAAAAUGCCAUGGUCUACCAUUAGCUAUCAGCAUGGUAGGAGGUUUACUCGUGGGAACACAAACCAAGAGUGGAUGGGAACAAGUUCUUACCCAAAUAAACUCUUAUUUGGGAAGGACUGACAACGGCGUAUCAACAAUUUUGGAGUUGAGUUAUCAGAAUUUGUCUCCCCAAUUAAAAUCAUGCUUCUUGUGUCUAGCCUUUUUCAAAGAAGACUUUACUAUCCCAACAAAAAGGCUGGUAAACAUAUGGGAUGCACAAGGCUUGAUCCAACAGGAAGGAAGCAGAACAACUGAUGAGAUAGCAAGAGGUUAUAUAAAUGAGUUGAUCAAUCGAAACAUGCUUCAAAUUCAAGAUCUAAACAUGAAUGAUCAAGUGAAAAGUUGUCGCCUUCAUGAUCUUGUUCGCGAGGUUUGCUUAAGAAAAGCAAAGGAGGGAAUAGGUCUGGAGAUAGUAAAGGACGAGGAGGGGAUUUCAUCAGAAUCACCAUAUAAACCUCGCCAUCGUGUUGUCUACGGCAAAAAUCUUGAGACUUCCUCGUCGAAUCGAAAUAAGCACGUACGCUCUCUUUUCCUACUCUACGUCCCCAGUGUCGACAAUAAUUAUAUUACCACUCCAUCUCAUUAUUGGAAGAGCUAUCAACUCCUUAAGACACUUGAGCUUGACGGCUUUACCUUUGAUAGAUUACCCCACUCUUUUCGGUCAUUGGUUGGAUUGAAGUGCCUGAGAAUAUACAAAUCUGACAAAUCUGACCUUACCUUAAUGAAGCUCCCAAGCUGGCUUGAUCAUCUUAAAAACCUCGAGGUUGUUGACUUGAAAUUAUGCAUAGUAUAUUUCCCAAGACUAGUUUCAUUGAAAAUGAGCAAGCUACGUCACUUUAGUGCAAAUAUUGCCCGUGGACCGACAAAGAUAAACAUGUGGAAAAAUAUUGAGUGUUUGAGAUUCAUAGACCACAAGGCUUGGAUGAAGUGCAUAUCAACUCUAACGAGUAAUUGCUAUCUUCGGGAACUAGGCAUACGAUUUUAUGAUCAGAUAGAGCGUGAAGAGUUGAUCAAAGUGAGAGCGUCGUUGGAGAAGAUGCAGAACCUUGUCAUACUUCACUUAAACGUGCUUUAUCGUGAAGGUACUGAUAUAUCAUUAGCUGUGCCGCAGCUCGCCAAUCUCACCAAACUUAAACUGCAAGGUAAGAUGCCCAAAUGUCCAACUGCGAGUAUGUUCCCUCCAAAUCUUUCUCACCUCACGUUGAUUGGUUCCGAGCUACAUGAUGAUCCGAUGGCAGAGCUGGGUAAGCUUCCAAAGCUGUUCUUCCUCAAGAUACAAUAUAUCGCUUACGUGGGCGAAACGAUGCUAGUUUUGUGCGACGGGUUCCCCUGCCUCGAAGCCCUGGUCUUUCGAAAUUUGUUUGCACUGAAGGGCGUCUUCAUAGAAGAAGGUGGAAUGCCGAAGCUCAAACAUCUCCGAAUCCGUCAUUGCCCCAAUCUCAAGACUAGGAAACUGCCGCAACACAUCAACAUAUUUACUGAAUAAACUCAAGCUUACUUUGCUUAUCUUUUGUUAUUCCUAUGUAUAUGUUUAAUAAGAAAUGGAAUGUUUUUUUAAUAUUCAUACAAUUUGACCCAUUUGUA